CAAAUCUUUCCUCCUGUGUCAUUAGUCCUCCACUGGAGCAGCUUGCAGCACCUACACACCUCCCCAGACCAACGCUCGGGAUACUUAACUCCUCCACAACCAUGGGAGAGGACGCGUCUCAUGCCGAGCGUAGCAGCAACAGCAGCAGCCCGGCCAGUCCCGUGCAACAACAAGAAAACACGGAACUUCUCAUCCCUAGCUUUAGCCCAAGUUCUGCCCCAUCCUCCCCCACGAACACCCUCAGUCGACUGGGCUUGAAAACCCCGACAAGCCCCUCUCCAACUAGCCCAACCGAUCGAAGCCAGGUGAGCGCUAUCACGGUCGUGGCGCUACUCGACAAACUCGUCAACAUGCUCGAAGCGGUGCAGGAGAACCAGCGGAGGAUGGAGCAGCGUCAAGCCAACCUGGAAGGUGCCGUGCGAGGGGUCCAAGGCGACGUCACCCGCUUGUCCAAGAGUCAUAGCAGCACCUCCAACAGCGUGAGCAAGCUGCUGGAGCGCUCGCAUAAAGUCAGCGGAAGCCUGAAAGAGGUGCGUGAGCGCAUGGACAAGCAGGCUGUCCAGGUGAAAAGACUGGAGGCGAACCACAGCCACCUGCUGAAGAGAAACCACUUCAAAGUGCUCAUCUUCCAGGAAGACAACGAGAUCCCCUCCAGUGUGUUCAUCAAGGACUCCAUGAAAGUCCCCCAGCCAGCCCCCCAGCCUGACGAGGAGGCCUCCUCCCAGACCGCCCCCUCCGUCACAGCCCACACCAACCACUCCGGUGAGGAGGUCCUCCAGACCAUCAGCCUCUCCUCUGAUGAGGAUGAUGAGGCUGCAGCGCUCCGCGAGCAGGACGAGCUCCUGGAGGGAGAGGCUGCCAUGAGGUUUGGGGCCGGCCACUCCACCCUGGAGAGGUCCCGUGCUGAGAAGCUCAAGCGCUCCAGCCUGAAGAAGGUGGACAGCCUGAAGAAGGCGUUCUCCCGCCAGAGCAUCGAGAAGAAGAUGAGCAAGAUCGGCACCAAGAUCGUCCCUCCGGAACGCCGGGAGAAGAUCAGGAAGAGCUUCACGCCCAACCACCCCAAGAGCCCCACGGCCAAGAGCUCCUCCUUCAAGGUAUCUCCCAUGACCUUCAAAGUCAAGAAGGUGCGAGACGGGGAGGCCCCUUCUCAGCCCGGGGGCUCUCCUGCAGAGAUGGCCCACGUAGAGAUCCCUCCUCUGGGCAGCCUGGACGGAGAGUCCACUGAGGUGCACUCCCAGGAGAGUUUGGAAGGUGCGGAGGGGAGGUGGGGAGAGGAUGUGGCCAGCCCCUCCGCCCCGGGGAGCGGCGAGGUGGAGUUGACCCUCAACGGAGAGGCGCGGAGCCCCGAGUUUGACCUGGGCCUUGACCGCCCUGCCGAACUAGCGGUCCCUGAGAACGAUGAGGUGGAGGAGGAGGUGGAGGAAGAGGAGGAGAAGGAGGAGAAGGAGAAGGAGGAGAAGGAGGAGAAGGGGGAGCCAGAACCAGAACCAAAACCAGAGCCAGAGCCAGACAAGGAAGAGCAGAGUGCUGUGGAGGACUCGGCCAGCUUACCUGCUGCAGCCGUUCCUGUGGAGCCAGCCUCUUAAGCUCACAGCAGUCCGGUUAACUGAUCACACUCCCUGUUAUGGUGCCACUUUCACCGCCAACAUGAGUCAGACCUCCCUGCUACCAAGACUUUCUUACAUCUGUUCUGCUCCAAUGUCAAAAUACAUAAGCACACACACACACACAUACAUGGUCAAAUGAUAGUCAAAUUAACACAUAAUUUUGUACCCCUUAUUUUGAGAAACCAGUUCAAGUUGGACUUUUUCAUCCUUAGCCUGAUAAAUUCCUGCAUCUGCAACAGCCGACUAAUGUAAUCGAAUAACCCAUUCACAUCCCUACUAAACCCUUCUGGACAACCAGCCAUCUCUCACCAAGUGCCUCUGCCUCUCAGGGCCUGCCCUGGAGGAGAACCAGGGACUCAUAACUCAUCACCCAGUGAAACCAGCGCUUGUUGGAGAACAGCACAUCUCCAGGACUCCGGGCCAACUAUCUCAUCUGUGUCUGUCUGGAGCACUCCGUCUGGCUGACGAACGGCCCCUUUGUUCUCAUGCCUGGAGGGAGAGCAGCCUAGAGGAGGGAGGGCAGCCUAGAGGAGGGAGGGAGGGAGGGAGGG